AUGGCAGCGUCCAAUAAGGGGCAGCCUGAGCGCCGUCUGCCAGUGCAGCAGAUGUGUGUACUGGCUCUUUGUCGAAUAUCAGAGCCAAUCGCGUUCACAUCAGUCUUCCCAUAUUUGCCAGAGAUGAUUGAAAGUCUAGGUGUACCAGAAGCUGAGGUUGCGAGAUGGGCAGGUAUUUGUGUUUCGAUGUUUCCUUUGGCUCAGUUCUUGACUGCUGUAUCCUGGGGCCGUGCUAGCGAUCGUUAUGGCAGAAAACCAGUCAUCUUGAUCUCGUUGACUUGCACCAUGAUCACGUCUCUUCUCUGGGGAUUCUCAAGUAGUCUUGGUAUGGCAAUCGCUGUGCGAGCACUUGCAGGAGCCGCCAACGGCACUGUUGGUAUCAUCAGGACUGCCGUUGCUGAAAUGGUACCUUGGAAAGAGCUUCAACCUCGUGCAUUUAGCGUCAUGCCCCUAGUUUGGAAUAUCGGCAGUAUCUUUGGUCCAACACUUGGAGGUGCUCUUGCGAACCCGUAUCAUGUCAAGCCUGGUCAGCCUCUCUCGAACAAACCUGCAUUUUUUGAGCGCUUUCCGUACGCGCUGCCGAAUAUGCUUGCUGUAAUUCUGUUCCUGUUAGGGAUAACUAUAGGAAUACUGUUCUUGGAGGAAACACUUGCAGCGAAAAAAGAUCGUCGUGACUACGGGCUUGAAGUAGGAUUGAGACUAAAAUACUACACAGUUUAUGUGUUCAGAAGGACCAAGCACAUAUUCGUUCCUGCAGAUGAUCAAGAAACAUCGGAGCGAGAGCCGCUUCUUAAGCCACAGUUCGCACCUUCCUCAGGUCCGGAUGAAGAAGCAGGAGCACAAGCAGCGCCAAAACCAGCGCUUCCUCCACCCAGCUUUACCGAAGUGCUUCAUUAUCAGACCAUCAUCAAUUUGAUCGUAUAUACCCUCCUUGCUCUUCAUAACAUCGCAUUCGACCAGUUGAUACCCAUCUUCAUGCACCACCCUGUGCAGGACCAUUCGGCCGAAAACCCUGACUUUGAGCCUCCUUUCAAGUUCGCUGGGGGAUUUGGACUCGAUUCUGGCAGUAUCGGAUUCAUAUUUACGCUCUACGGCAUCUCAGGGAUGUUUGUCCAGUUCCUCAUCUUCCCACCAGUUGCACGGAAGUAUGGUGUGGUUAGAUGCCUUCGUGUCUGCGCCAUCUGCAUGCCGAUCAUAUACUUCUUCGUCCCCUUUACUGCUCUCCUACCCGACAAGACCAGUCAGCAAGUGGCUAUCUUUAUCUUGAUGAUCAUCAAGGGCUUUUUCUCCACAUUUGCCUUCCCUUGUUCGACCAUCCUCCUUACGAAUUCCGCCAGCAGUCUACGUAUCCUGGGCACUCUAAAUGGAAUUGCUACGAGCGCCGGCGCCGUGGGACGAGCAAUUGGUCCAGCAAUCGGAGGCUCAACCUUCACUUACGGUGUUGAGAUUGGUUAUGUCAUCUUGCCAUGGUGGGUGCUCUCCCUUAUAGCCGUGGUCGCAGCCAUACCCUCCUUCUGGGUUGUGGAAGGCGAAGGCUUUGGUGGUGAUGCCGAUGAUGUCGAGGACGACGAGGACAACAUUAUCCAGGACGACGAGCAAGAAGCGGAGUAUGGUAACCCCGGCCCUCUACUCAGUCGAACCGAUACCAAUGCCUCGGACGCAAUCUCCGAGGAUGCUUAUAACUCUGAUGAUACUGUUCGUGACAUCACGAGGUCGCCACAGGUCACAGAUAGGCGUGCAUCAGGUAGCAACCGUCUGUCGCGUCGCCCUUCAAGGAAGAUGUCUGCUCCCAUUGGGAUGGAGAACCGAACAAUUUCAAGACGAUACAGUAGCAACCUUGGACAGAGUUUCGGAAGUGCUGGAAGCUAUAAUCCUUGA